UACUAAGGUACAUCCCAUUUUUUAUUUUACAUUCAACAUUUUCAGUGGUAUGUUAUUAGAACCUUCCACUCCUCAAGAACCGAAAUAGUCGGACGAGGGAUCCAUGGUUCGAAUUAUCUCAAGCUAUUUGCAGAGGACUACCCUAAGAUGCAUUCAGAGCAUGAAAGGGCAGUCCCUGCCACGUCGAUUCCAACCCAUUUUCCGACUGGAGCACACAAGAACCCUUCACGAUGAGAUAUCUAAACCCACCGGUUCUGAAUCCACAGCUACCGAGUCUAUAGAUUCUGAGCCUGCGGAAUCUGCGCCUCCGGAAUCUGAAAGCAGCGAAAGUGUACCGGUUGAUCCUAGUGCACAAUGGGAAACUUAUAAUGCAAAUUUUAUCGAUCUUAGACAACACCAAGCUACGCCCUUGCUAGGUUACCAGGCUGGGCAGGAAGUGACCGUUCACGGAUUUAUUAGUAAACGAAGGGAUGUGAGCUCAAACUUGAGCUUCUGUGAAUUAAGUAAUGCAUUCGAUUACAGUUCUCAGAAAAAUAUUCAGAUUGUUUCCACCUGGAACGAGGACGGCUCGCGGCAGUUCCUGGCUCACCAAGACCUUAAGACCAUACCAGCCUACAGUCCAGUUAUUGUGACCGGAACCCUCCAAGAGCCCCCCAAUACCACGAACAAACCCGGGUCGCCCCGGAGGUGGGAUCUUAAACUACGGUCCAUACAUUGUCUAAAUCCAUUUCCAAAGGAUAUCAUCGUCUCCAAGGAUGCCGUGUGGCCACCUCACCAACGUCAUCUACAGUUGCGUUUCGAUCCUCUCCUCCGUGACAGAUUAAAACUACGGAGCAUUCUACAGACAACCAUCUCAAAAUUUCUUCAAUCCAAAAGCUUUAUCCAGGUAGAGACGCCUCUUCUCUUCAAGUCUACUCCAGAAGGCGCCCGGGAAUUCCUAGUCCCAACGAGGCGGGAAGGUUAUGCGUACGCACUACCGCAAAGUCCACAGCAGUACAAGCAGAUACUCAUGGCCAGUGGCAUUACGAGAUAUUACCAAUUCGCCAAAUGCUUCCGUGACGAGGACCAUCGCGCCGACAGGCAACCCGAAUUCACUCAACUCGAUAUAGAGAUGGCCUUUGCCAGCGGCUCUGAUGUGAUGAAGCUCGUUUCAGGUCUCUUAGAUAAAAUAUUUUUCCUUCUCAGUGGAAAAUGGUCGCCAACUGAGAUCAAUGGCAUCCAACAUCCGGUUUACGUCGGUUUCGACGAAACUGUGUCGAAAGGGCCAGAAAAAAAGAAAAAAAAGAGUAAAGGGGAAGACCAAAAGCCACCAGAAGCCGGAGAUGGGAUAACUCGCUAUCCUAGAGUUCAAUAUCGCGACAUCCAGUUUAUGACAUACUCUCAGGUAAUGAAGCAUUUUGGUACCGACAAGCCCGAUAUGCGCAUUAGACCGCCGCAUAUAACAAGUAUUCGCGGUACGACACAUCUCAACCUGCCUCAAGAAUUUAUCCAAAAGAUUACAAGCUUGGAAGAUUCAUACGUCGAAAUGAUCAAGAUUCGUCUGGAUCUGCCGCCCCACGCCGCUGGGGAAUUCAUCCGGAAAUUCAUGGACUCUCUACCCAACAAUACUACAGUCAAGCCAAGUCCUGAAAGUACACCAGCUGUAUUGGUCUAUGACUCUAGCAAGCCACUCAACGGCCUGUCGGCUCUUGGACACGAAUCUGCUCGUAAACUUGAGGAAUUUACGGGAUUGAAAGAGAGCCAUUACCACGGAUGCAAAGACGGAGACAUCAUCAUCUUCCACGCACGAAAACGAGAGACGUUUCAUGGAAGUUCUACUGACCUAGGCAGGCUUCGAAAAGCGCUAUACGAUACUGCCGUUCAGCAGGGUUUCAUACCCAAAGACAAUUCGUUUAAAGUAAUCUGGGUGACCGAAUUCCCCCUUUUCACACCGAACGGGGACAAUGCGGAUCCGGGCCAAGGCGGCACCGCGGGAUUCUCUUCAACCCACCACCCGUUCACGGCUCCGCUUACCCCUAAAGACUUCUUCUCCGCCAAGUACUCGCCUCUCCAAGCGAGAGCCGACCACUACGACCUUGUUAUCAACGGUGUCGAGGUCGGCGGCGGAAGCCGCCGUAUCCACGCCGCCAAGCACCAGGAGUUCAUCUUGCGCGACGUCCUGAAGAUGACGGACGAGGGCAUAGCCGAGUUCUCUCACCUCCUCGAGGCACUAAGGGCGGGGUGUCCGCCCCACGCCGGGUUCGCUUUCGGAUUCGACCGUUUCCUGUCUGUGCUGUGCGAUGUCCCGUCCAUCAAGGAUGUCAUCGCGUUCCCUAAGACGAACAAGGGCGAGGACUUGAUGGUUGGUAGCCCGGCUAAGAUCACACCGGAGCAGCGGAAGACGUAUCAUAUGUUCCAAGAGUCAGAGCCGGAGCCGGAGCCAGAGCCAAAGUUAGAACCGGAGCCGGAGCCAGAGCCAAAGUCAGAACCGGAGCAAGAUCAGGGGUUCAAUGCAUAGGGGCGUCAACUUCUUUUGUAAUACCAAGUAUACCUACAUAUACUUCACGAGACUAGGUCUCUCAACUGUAUAAAUCUGAUCCCACUUCAUCUUCUCGAGGCUCCUUCAUACCAUGACUAUUAAGCUCUAAUACUUGACAUCUGCUUGAUUGCUAGCUGCUGUAUUCGCUAAUAUUCCUAUCUAUCCACCUAUACUUGCGCGAUGAAAAGAGCGGUAUGAUAUCAGUACUCGAUCCUCCCUUUCGUAGAAAAAUCUUUCGGACCUAGACCAAGAUUCCUUCCACAUCUAACUCUCAACUCCUAACUAUACUAACUCUUGUUGUCAAAUCACCCCAUACUGCCAUGUCAAUAAUAACUCAACUCAAAUCAAAUCAAAUCUAUCUAGCCAACAGUCUCCUCAUCCGCAUCCGCAUCCGCAGACACAAUAGUCCCGUCCUCACGUAACAGCACAUCCUCGCCCUCCUCCUCUUCCUCAUCUGACAGGAUAUAACUCCCAUUGAUAGGCUUGGCAUGACGAGUGCGCUCGCUGAUGAUGUUGGAAGUGUCGAUGGCUUCCUGUUCGUCUUUGCCUUUUUAGUUGUUAGUUAUCAUAGGUAGGUACCUAUAGUAGAGCUACACGUACGUGUAUAGAAGCGCUGGGACUAGACGAGUUAGGUUGGA